UCUGAGUUCAAAGAUUUUUGCUUAGAUACAUCAUUAGGAGUGCUGUAUUUCAUUGGGAAACACUGCUAACAAAACGCAUACCUCGGAUAGGAACUGAAAACUUUCCAUGCAUUAUGAAGGGAAUAUUGUACACACGUUGCGUUUCAGCUCUGAACAGACAUGGUGCUGCAGCUGUAUGGACUAAUCGAAGAGACAAACCAGGCACUAAAUUGGAGUCUGUCUCUCCUGGUGUUUAAAGCCGCACACAGUUAUUAGCGCUCUACCUGGAAUCUAUCCAUCACCCCGGAACCGAAUAUUUAACAGAUUUAGGCAGUUUGUGCAAAUGUAGUUUUGAGACAAGAAAGAGGAUUUUACAAAGAACUUGAGAUCUUCAAAAUAUAAUGACACGUGAAACAUAAAUCUACAGUGCAUCUUUUGAGAGACCAUCAGCUGCAACCUUUUUAGAAAAUCAAGUUGGAUCUUAUCAAUGGCAUCUGCUAGUUGACACAAUGUCCCAAAUAUCCAGCAGCAAUGGAUUCAAGCAGAAUGUCUCUCCUGCUCUGGAAACAAGCGGGGCACAAGAUGUUGGGAAGGAGGAAGCUCUGCAGAUGGAGACUGAAGCGUUAGCAAAGCUACAGAGGGAUAAGAAAACAGCCUUUAACCUGGAAACAGUGUCCUGUAACGGUGCGAACCAGGUAGCCCUGUCCUCCAACAAUCCAGAAAGGGACCUCAUUGUCUUUCCAGAGUCCGAUGCCAGGAAAAGAUCAGAGAGGGAUGCAUUCAAAGACAUUGACGUUGAAAAGCUGACGAAUGCUGAAUUGGAGAAACUGUUGUUGGAUGACAACUUUGGGGCUAAUAAUAAAGCACCGAGGCCUGCAACUUUACCAGGAACCCCUGUUUUAACUUCCUCAUUUCCAGGUCAUUUGUACAGCCAGAUUCCGUUCCAUGGAGGGCAGUGGAACCCUAGACUGACAGGGUCUGCAAUCUCAGCAGUGCCCAGGCCAGUCAUCCAGACGUUACUCUACCCUGCAGUAGCCUUUCCUAAGCAAUCCUGCCCUUUUCAGAAUGGGUUUAAUCUGAGAAUGCCGUCUUACAGAGCUCCAAAACCAGUUUACCUCUCCGCGCAGCCCCGGUAUAUGCCAUUCCCACUUCAGCCCUCGGCACUGUUACACUCAACAGCACUCAUGCCAGUGUACCAGCAACCUGUUACACCUGAACUGGCAAAAUUGUUUGCCAAAAUAGCCAGCACUUCAGAAUACUUAAAAAACGGGAAAUCGACAAGCACUGACUUGGAAUCUGCCAUCACCAAGGCUAUGAUCCCAAUCCUCCAGAAUAAGGAAAACACAAACAUGAGUAAAUUUGAGUGGCUCGAUCUUGAUCCCCUCAGUAAGCCAAAAUUAGACAGUACAAAGGUUGCACAAUACACGGACGGAGCUCUGAAUGAGUCCAACAUUGCAGGGGACCCCUGGGAUGCUGUGCUGCAGGAUGAGAGUACUCCUGAAAGCAGUCUUCCUCCUGGAGAGUGUGGCCGGUCAGCCUCCUUUCAUCCCAAUGGGAAAUCAGCUGCUGGAACUUCAGUCACAAGGAGCCAGUCUUUAAAUAUUCAUUCUACAAGUGCUCUGUCUCCCAAGACUCCUGGCCAAAGCACUGAGACUGACAAAGGCACCAGAAGCUCACCCACAGCAUGCAAUGUUCUGCAAGACUUGGAAGCACACAAUGAAGAAGUGGAGGCUUUCUGUGAAGAAAUCACCAAAUUGAAGCUGACGUUCCCACACGAUGAUCUUUCCACCAAUCCUGGUUAUGUUCUAAGUCCUGUCAUGCUUCAGAGAGACAUGAAUGGAGAAAACGCCAGCAUCAAGGUUUCAAUAGAGAUAGAGGGCUCUCAACAGCCAGUCACAUUUACUUGUGAUGUGAGUUCCCCUGUUGAGCUGCUAAUAAUGCAGGCCUUGUGUUGGGUUCACGAUGACUUGAACCAGGUUGACAUUGGCAGCUACAUCCUGAAAGUUUGCGGCCAAGAGGAAGUGUUGCAAAAUUAUUUAUGUAUGUAUUUAUUUAAACAUUGCCUUGGAAGUCAUGAAUACAUUCAGAACUGUCGGAAAUGGGAAAUUGAGAUAAAGCUACAGCUCUUGUCUCAAAGCACUGUAUGCAGAGAUCUGGCGCGUGUGGUGGAGGAUGAUGCCAUGCCUGUUGAUUUAGAGAAAUACCUGUACCAGGUGGAAAAGCCUCUUAAAGAAACCAUUAACAGACAAAGCCUUAAUGAUUUUCUGGAUUCUUACCACAAUCAAGUCCAGCUGUACCUUCAGCAUGAGAACAACCAGUACAAAACAGUGGAUAAUAUAGUCCAGGCUGUCAAGAAUAUAUGCAGUGCACUAGAUGGGGUUGAGACCAAAGCCAUUACAGAAGCUGUAAAGAAACUCAAGAGGACUGUCAGUCUUCCAAGGAGCAAAACCAUGGAGUUGGGAUCAAAAUCUGCUGAUGGCUCAAACAAAGGUGCUACAGUUGGGUCCUCUGCUCCUCUAAGUCCUGUUGAGGAAAGCAUGAAUGGGUUGACGACUGCUUUGUGUGACCUGUUGCAGCUGUACCUGAGAUCUUUCAGCAGCAGCAGCAGCCCUCAAUCUGCUCUGUCUGCUCCCAAGGAGAGGAGGCGCACAAAGGAAGCCUGCAAGACCACAAAGCACCUCCAGUUUACCCUGUUUGCAGCUCAUGGCAUUCCACCAGGUUGGAUCAGCAGCUUUGAAAAGUACUACCUGCUGUAUUCUUUGACCCAUAAUGGAAAGAACUUAUUUAAACCAGUUCAGUCUAAGAAAGUGGGAGCAUACAAGAACUUAUUUUUUCACAUUAAAUGGGAUGAACUGGUAAGCUUCCCUAUCCCAAUUUCACAGUUACCUUUAGAGUCGAUGCUCAGUCUUACUUUGUGUGGAGUAUUACAUCAGAAUGCCAGCAGCUCGCCAGAUUCUAACAAGCAAAGAAACGGACCUGAGCUUCUUGGCAAAGUUUCCAUGCCUCUGUUCGACUUUAGACGAGUGCUAACACGUGGGACUAAGCUGCUUGGUCUGUGGACCAGUUUCCUUGUCUCCCCAGUCGGUACUGUCAGUAGAAAAGGAAAUCAGAUGGAGAGAAUAGUCAUGCAGGUUAACUUUCCAAACACAGAUGUUGACAUUCAGUUUGUUGAGCCUCAACCUGCUAGCAGACCACCACAGCCCAACUGGGAAACACUGGAUGUAGAUGCACAAAAGCAGCUUAGGACACUUUUCAGUAAAGAAUCCACGUUAGGGUUCUCCAAAGCGGAUAAAGAAUUUUUGUGGGAUAAAAGACAUUACUGCCAGUCACAUGAAAAGAGCCUUCCUAUGGUCCUGGCUAGUGCUCCAAGCUGGGAUUGGACCAGUCUGCCUGAGAUACACUCACUCUUAAACCAGUGGACUCCGCUCUCACCUGUCUGUGCCUUGGAGCUGCUCCACUCCAAAUAUGCAGACAGUGAAGUGCGCAGUGUUGCUGUGACUUGGAUUGAACAUUUAAGUGAUGAUGAACUGGCUGAUUAUCUUCCACAGCUUGUGCAGGCUUUGAAGUUUGAAUGCUAUCUUCACAAUGCCUUAGUUAUGCUCCUCUUGUCACGGGCACUUGGGAACAUUCAUAUUGCACACUACCUGUAUUGGCUGCUGAAAGAUGCAGUGCAGGAUCUGAACUACAGGAGGCGUUAUUCGAUUGUAUUGGGGGCCCUGCUGUCUUUGUGUGGUAAAGGACAGAGGGAAGAACUGGCAAAGCAGACCAGACUGGUUCAGCUGCUGGCCAUCGUGGCAAAGAGAGUGCGUCAGGCCAGCGGAUCUGCUAGACAGAUUGUUCUUCAGGAGGGCAUGGAAAAAGUGCAGUCUUUUUUCUUAAACAACAAUUGUCGUCUGCCCCUGAACCCCAGUCUGGUUGCCAAAGAGCUCAACGUCAAGGCCUGUUCCUUCUUCAACUCCAAUGCUGUGCCCCUCAAAAUAACCCUAGUGAACGCAGACCCUCUGGGAGAAGAGAUCAAUGUAAUGUUUAAGGUGGGAGAGGACCUGCGUCAGGACAUGCUGGCUUUGCAGUUGAUUAAGAUCAUGGACAAGCUCUGGGUCCAGGAAGGACUGGAUCUGCGAAUUGUCAAUUUUAAAUGCAUCUCAACUGGCAGAGACAGAGGCAUGGUUGAGCUUGUACCGGCAUCAGACACACUCCGAAAAAUCCAGGUAGAAUAUGGGGUAACAGGAUCCUUCAAGGACAAGCCCCUGGCAGACUGGUUGAGGAAGUAUAACCCAGCUGAGGAAGAAUACGAGAAGGCAUCGGAAAAUUUCAUUUACUCCUGUGCAGGGUGCUGCGUAGCUACGUACAUUCUGGGAAUCUGUGAUCGACACAACGAUAACAUCAUGCUGCGCUCCACAGGACACAUGUUUCACAUUGAUUUUGGAAAAUUUCUUGGGCAUGCACAAAUGUUUGGAAGUUUUAAAAGGGAUCGAGCUCCUUUCGUGCUGACUUCGGACAUGGCUUAUGUCAUUAAUGGUGGUGAAAGACCCACACGCCGCUUCCAGUUGUUUGUGGAUCUCUGCUGUCAGGCAUACAACCUGAUUCGGAAACACACCAACCUUUUCCUCAACCUCCUUUCUUUGAUGACAUCGUCUGGGUUACCAGAGCUCACCAGUGCGCAGGACCUCAAGUAUGUUUAUGAUGCUCUGCAGCCCCAAACAACUGAUUCUGAAGCUACUAUUUUCUUUACAAGGUUGAUUGAGUCGAGUUUGGGAAGCGUUGCUACAAAGUUUAAUUUCUUCAUUCACAAUCUGGCACAGCUGCGUUUUUCAGGACUGCCUUCUAACGAUGAACCCAUCCUGUUGUUUUCUCCUAAAACCUACUCUAUGAAACAAGAGGGGCGAAUCAAAGACGUGUCUGUCUUUACCUACCAGAAGAGAUACAACCCUGACAAGCACUAUACAUACGUUGUGAGAGUUUGGAGAGAAGGACAUAACAAUACCAGCUUCAUUUUCCGCACAUUUGAUGAAUUCCAGGAGCUGCACAAUAAGCUCAGCAUCCUCUUUCCUCUGUGGAAACUGCCAGGGUUUCCCAGUAAGAUGGUACUCGGAAGAACCCACAUUAAAGAUGUCGCAGCCAAAAGAAAAGUGGAGUUGAAUAGUUACAUACAGAAUCUGCUGAGCAGCUCCACAGAAGUAGCGGAGUGUGAUAUGGUAUACACGUUUUUCCAUCCAAUAGCAAGGGACGACAAGGCUGAAGGGUUUGAGGGCAUAUCGAAAUCUCCAGAUGUGAGGCCUAUGAGCCCCACGUCCGGUACAGUUGUCGGAGAGGUGAAAUUGUCUGUGUCCUAUAGGAACAACACUCUGUUCAUCAUGGUGAUGCAUAUCAAAGACCUGGUAACUGAUGAUGGAACAGAUCCAAAUCCUUAUGUGAAAACAUAUUUGCUUCCAGACCCCCAUAAAACAUCCAAACAUAAAACAAAAACUUCAAGGAAAACCAGAAACCCAACAUUCAAUGAAAUGCUGGUGUACAGUGGAGUAAGUAAGGACAGCUUGAAGCAGAGGGCGCUCCAGCUUAGCGUGCUUAGCGCAGAGUCACUGCGAGAGAACUACUUCCUAGGGGGCGUCACGCUUACCUUGAAAGAUUUUGACAUGAGCACAGAGACUGUUAACUGGUACAAGCUGCAGGCUGUUCCUUACUUUUAGACUCAAGAUGCUUCCAGAUACACAAGACGGAUUGUUUUAGGCAAUUCUCUCCUGACAUUUCUUCAUUAGGACUUUUCUUCCUUUUAAGCACACUAUCCAGUUUCCUAAAUGUGACUGAAAUGUUUUUAAAUGUACAAUUAGAGGACCAAACUGCUCACAAUAGAUCUGUUCGGACUGAAGCACAAACCCAUUAAAGACCAGCAUCUGGUCACCUGCACUAGCUCUUGGUCUUUGUUGCUUAUUAUAAUGGUGUCCUACUGAAAUUGGCUGAGUUUGAACCAAAAGACUACUUCUGCAGGUCAAAACAAUCAUAAACAACACAUGCCAAAAAAUAAAACAAAUAUCUUCCACUCUGAAAACAAAAUAAGAGGGUGCCUUGUUCAAUGAACUGCUGUUUGUUUAUUUUUUCCUUUUAGUCUUGAAUUAACAGUAAGGUAUGCAUUUUAUAAACGUGUUACAGAUUUCUUAGAACUAAUUAUAUAUCACUCUAGGGUUUACAGGAGUUUGGACACAGUAGGGUAAAGUGCUUGUGUAAGUAUCUACUGAGUUAGAAUCACAUUUUAAUGUAUAUUUUCAUAAAUUGUUAACAUUAAAAUUAGUUGCAAGUGAAUACCAUGCUGUAAAAAGUAAUAUGAAUGCAUUUGCUGUCAAUGGCUAAACACACUUUGUUAGAAUAUCAGGCACAUCUGAACUCCAGGUGUUCAGUACAUGCAUCUUAAAAGAAAGAGAUUUUACUUGGACAAAGACGUCUGCCAAAUAUACUAAUAAUAAUACUGCAGUUGAUUUACUAUUGACACGAAGAUGAUGUACUGCAGUGUAAUAUUAUUAUUUCUUUUUUAAUGAAAUUCAUACAGCACAGGUUAUAGCACAAACUUUUAUUAUUGAUAUUAUUCCUUUAAAUAUGUAGCUCCAGAAUGUCCUGGCAUUGACAACAGCAGCUUUAAACAUGACAUUGCUACAUAAUUUACUUUAUCAAUACUGGCAGGACUACAUUUUAUUUCUCAAAGUGACAGAGUUCUCAACUUUAUUUCUGCAUAACAAGUACUGUAUUUCCAAUUGCCAAAUGAUUCCAAGUUAACAAGUGAUAAAUACUCUGGAAUACAGUGUAUAUGUAGA